ACGACUAGUCUUGAAAACGUUCAAACUCACUUUGAUGAAACGGCCAAAGAGAUCUUUGCACAGGUUUUAGGAAGACUAGACGUGUUGGUCGUAGGUGUAGAAUCAGGAGGAACCGUCACCGGUCUUGCAAAGAACUUGAAAUCGAGAAUUCCAGGACUGAAGGUGGUGGCAGUCGAACCACAACAUUCCAGUAUUGAGGAAGGAAAACCAGCUACUCCGCACAGCCUACAG